GAUGAACAAUCAACCAAAAACACCUGCCCGAGCGAGUGGCAUUCCCCGCUUAGCAUCAAGACUCCCCUUGCCGACAACAUCCGCAACCUCCAAACCCCUCCGACCUUCGCCAUCGCGUGAGAAGCUACAAACCGACUCGGGCCUGGACGCGAACAGACUCCGCAGACCUUCCGAAGAUACUAAACUCUCCGCCGGACUUCGGAAACUCGAUGGAUCUCAGACAAGGGCGGGCGGGGGUGCGAAGUCCGAAGCCAGCACAAACUUGAAUACUGCUCCAUAUUUGGAGCGCGAUGCUGUCCUGAUCGAAGAUACUGGAACGCGAGGCCGUACGCGACCUUCGCUCGCAGAGCGAACAAUCGAGACACUCUCAAGAAUACCGCCAUCUCCAGGACCAGGUAGAAGACAGUCGAGUUUCUAUGGCGCAACGAGUCCGAUGCGCUAUUCAAGAUCACCAUCCAGAUCCUCAUCUCGACAACCUAGUGGGGGCGAUUAUCUUGCACGACCGCCCUCUGCCAUGCGGCUGCCAUCCAGACCUCGCCCGUCUUUGUCCACGAAUGCUGCAUCGGGUGAUCAUGGCCAUGCCCCGGCUACGACAAACAGUCCUGGACAUAAGGGAAACGCUAAUCUGGCAUCUAUCACGACAAAGCCUCGUCCGGCAUUGACUCAAACCCACAUGAACGCCGCUGGAUCGGGCCCGGAUGCGUCAUUACCCAGCCUAGAUCUCCCAACCUCAAGGCAAUCAUCGGUUGGCCCCCGGUCACCGUCCGCACGAUCCACGGCAUCAGACUUGACGCCAGAGCAACACGCUCUUAGAGAGAGCAUCGCGAAAGCCAGGGCGGCAAGAAAAGCAGAAGCGCAGAAACGCAUGCAAUCCUCGUCUUCCAAUGAUGCCUGGGAUCGGCUCAACACCGAAGAUCCGUUCAAUCAGAACCCCCAGGAUUCAAAUAUUGGUCUUCUCCGAAAACGCCUUGAAACAGGCAGAACCUCUGGGCAUCUCAACAUAGCAGCCAUGUCUCUGAAAGAACUUCCCAAGGAAGUUAUGGCGAUGUACGACUUCGAUCCUGAUGCUACUACUGAAUGGUACCAGAGUGUAGACCUGGUUAAGUUCAUUGCGGCCGACAACGAGUUUACGGAACUUCCUGAAGAAGCUUUCCCUGACAUCGACCCGCACGAUUUAGAUGGGGAUUCUGAUGACGAGAAGGGAAACCAAUUUGGUGGGCUUGAGCUGCUAGACUUGCACGGUAACCUGCUACAAUCUCUACCGAUAGGCUUCAGAAGAUUACAAAGACUUCACACCUUGAAUCUGUCAAAUAAUAAUCUCAAAAUGAACGAUUUACAGGUCGUUAUGGAAUUGGUAUCCCUGAAAGAUCUUAAGCUGGCCAAGAAUCGGUUGGAAGGCACGCUUACACCAGAGAUCAAAAACCUGAAUGUGCUGGAGACUUUGGAUUUGCAUGACAACAUUCUCACUGACUUGCCUCCAGAAGUGUCACAACUGAGCUCACUCCGAGUCUUGGAUGUUGGUGGUAACCAGCUGAGUUCAUUGCAGUUUGAAGCCUUAAGCCAGCUUUCUCUGAAGGAGCUUCGAGCCCCAAAGAACAAACUGAAAGGCACACUCAUCCCAGCUUCGGUCUAUAAGCUCGAAGCACUGCAGGUUCUUGAUGUGGCCAAUAAUGCAUUGGUGAAGCUUGCCGGAAACGUGGCUUUGGAACUGCCUAAUCUCCGGACUCUAGCAAUUAGCUGCAAUCGCAUCCAGUCUCUUCCAGAUCUGUCGUCCUGGCAGGCCUUGCUGAGAUUGUCGGCCGAGGAUAACAGCCUUCCGAAUCUCCCAGAAGGCUUCAUUGACUUGAAGAAUAUUCGAAACGUCGAUUUCACAGGCAACGAUAUCUCCAGAUUGGACGACAGAAUCGGCUUGAUGGAGAGCCUGUUCACGUUUCGAGUGGCUAAUAAUCCCCUUCGCGAACGAAAGUUCCUGACCAUGGGCACCGAAGACCUGAAGCGCGACUUGCGAAACCGAUGCGAACCAGAGCCCCAGGAUACCGACGAUGACGCGGGCUCUGUCGCGACCCAGUUUACAUUGGCACCAGAAACCCCGGCUCAGACGGCGGCUUGGCAGAUCAAGCCUGGCGGUGUUCUUGAUCGGUCUUACACUGAUAUGCGUGAGCUAGAGCUGGAUGAGUUAAGGCGAAUUAAUUUAAGCGACGUGCGAUGUUUGUAUCUGCACCACAACGAGCUACGUUAUUUCCCGAUAUCUGCCCUCAGUUUACUGGCGUCUACUCUCACAGACCUCGACCUUUCAAACAACCCACUAGAUAACACAACACUCUUCGCCUCAGCUCUUACGCUUCCCAAUCUUCAAAGCCUGAAUCUAGGCGCUACAAACCUUACUACGUUGGAUCCCAUCUUGACAAACCUUGUGGCACCAGCCCUGACAUUUCUGGAUGUUUCCUACAACCGCCUGUCUGGCCAGGUGCCUGCCGUACGUCGCACUUACACCAACCUGGUGGCAUUUGUGGCCGCAGACAAUCGAUAUACCAGCUUGGAGUUUGAUGCCGCCCAAGGUCUUCAGGUAUUAGACGUGGGAAAUAAUGAUAUUGGCAUGAUUCCACCUAAGCUAGGCUUGCUGAGAGGAGAAGGCUCGAGCAGAAAUUGGGGUAAUGGAUCUGCCCUGAGACGGUUCGAGGUCGCCGGAAAUAGCUUCCGUGUUCCUCGGUGGCAGAUUGUCGCCAAGGGUACUGAUGCCAUACUUGAAUGGCUCAAGGAUCGAAUGACUGCCGAAGAGCUCUCUCAAUAUGAGUCGCUCGACGACUUGACUGAAGAGUGAACUGCUACAUAAUAUGGCAAUUUUCCGACUUUGCCCGGGACUCAUCUUCUUUGUGAACAGAUCUUGAUGUCCUGUAUCGAGUUGCGUGUUCUGGGUAAAUGUGUAGUUCGUUGUUCAAGAAAUAAUGAAUGCCA